AUGCGUCCACCAGCGGCACGCCCACCAUCACGUACUGCAUCUAGGACGGGUACAUACACAUCAUCGCGUCCGAGCGCAGCUUCUACAACUCGUGCACCACCCGCUCGCUCAUCCUCCUCCUCCUCCGUCCAGAGCACCACCGCCGCUCCCGCCGCUCCCCGACCGAAGAAGAAGGAAGUAGAGACGGAUGAGGAAACGAACAUUCAAGUCGUCGUGAGAUGUCGCGGUCGUAACGAUCGCGAGAUCAAGGAGAACUCGGGUGUUGUGUUGUCUUUGCCGGGUGGUACGCGUGGAAGGGAGGUUUGUGUCCAGAACCCCGUGUCGAGCGCGAACCCACGCAUGUACACUUUCGACCGCGUUUUCGGUCCCGAGGCGGAUCAGGGUAUGGUCUACGAUGCUGUCGUUGCGCCGAUCUUGCAGGAGGUGUUGGAAGGGUAUAACUGUACUAUCUUCGCGUAUGGACAGACGGGUACGGGAAAGACGUUUACCAUGUCUGGUGAUGUACAGGAUAACCCGAAUGGAACGUUUAAGGAUGGUGCGGGUAUAAUCCCGCGAACGUUGUUUAGGCUUUUUCAUGCAUUGGAUGUGGAGGAUAUGGAGUACAGCGUCAAGAUCUCGUAUAUUGAGUUGUACAAUGAGGAGUUGAAGGAUUUGCUGGCGACGGAUGAGGCUGCGAAGAUCAGGAUUAUCGAGGAGCCUAAGAAGGGUGUUGUGGUCCAGGGCAUUGAGGAGGCCUUGAUCAGCACUGCGGCAGAGGGAAUGAAGGUCUUGCAGGACGGUACUCUCAAGCGCCAAAUCGCUGCGACGAAGAUGAACGACAUGUCUUCUCGUUCGCACUCCGUCUUCACCAUCACUGUCUACGUCAAAGAAAAGACUGAGGGUGAGGAUAUGCUCAAGGUCGGGAAACUCCAUUUGGUCGAUUUGGCCGGUUCCGAGAACAUCCAAAGGUCUGGCGCAGAGAACAAGCGCGCUCGCGAAGCUGGUAUGAUUAACCAAAGUUUGUUGACGCUCGGACGUGUUAUCAACUCGCUUGUGGAGAGGAGUUCCCAUAUCCCGUAUCGUGAGUCAAAGUUGACGCGUUUGUUGCAAGAUUCGCUCGGUGGACGGACGAAGACGUGUAUUAUCGCGACUGUCUCGCCUGCGAAGGUGAAUUUGGACGAGACCCUGAGUACCCUUGAUUACGCCAACCGCGCGAAGAAUAUCCGGAAUAAACCCCAGGCGAAUCAGUUGAUGACAAAGAAAGCGUUGAUCAAGGAGUACGUUCAGGAGAUUGAGAGGCUGAAGAGCGAUCUCUCGGCUACCCGGACGAAGAAUGGUAUUUACCUCACUACAGAGUCGUUUGAGGAGAUGAAGGCUGAGAGUGAAAGUCGGAGGUUGUUGGCUGAGGAGGGACAGAGGAGGAUUGAGGUCAUUGAGGCAAGUUUGAAGAGUACGAGGGAGCAGUUUGAUCAGAAUAUGCUCCUGCUCACAAACACUAAAAGGGAGUUGACUGAGACUUCGAAGACGUUGGCGGAUACUCAGACGACACUCGAAGGAACUGAGAAGAACCUGGAGGUAACGAAGAUGGCGUGGGAGGAGGAGACGGUCAUCAGGAAGGCGCAUCAGACGACGGAGUUUGAGUUGGAUACUGUUGCACAGGAACUUCGCGGCACUGUCGGUGCGACAGUGAAGGACGUGGAGGGGUUGCAUGCCAAGGUUGAUAGGAAGGCCGAGGUAGAGGCCCACAACAAGAACGCCUUCAAGAACCUCCAGGGGCGCGCGAAACAGAUGACGGAAGAGUUGGACAAGGGUAUCCUUGACUUUACGAAGAAGCAAAACAUCUUCGCUGCUGGGUUGGAGGAGAAGAUUUCCGAGUUCGUCGCUGCGGAAGCGAAGAAGUUGGCCGACGGGCAGGUGUAUGUGGAGAGUGCCUUGUCCAAGUUCGCGCAGAGCAAGCAGGAGCUCGAGGGCAACUUGGGUGCGGCGAAGGAGGAUAUGAGUGGUGUUUUGGGUGAGAUCAAGACGCUUAGGGAGGGGAUUAGUGUCAAGUUGAAUGAGGCGUUGACUGGCUUGAACGGUGCGACAGAGAGGAUCGCUACUGAGGUCAUUACGGAGAUCGUUCAGUUCCAGCAGGGACUCAACACUUCCUUCCAUGAUGUCGGUGCGAAGCUCAAGGCUCUUACUGAGGAUACCCAGAGACAUCUUCAAGCGCAGCAAGAUGAGAUUGAGCGCUUGAGGGGAGAAUUGGUCGCUGCCAACAAGGCUACCUCGGCGAACCUUUUGACUACGAGCGCGAACUUGGCGAGUGCGCUCCAGCAGGAGAAGGCUGAUGCGCAGAGGGAGAGGGAGCAGAUGCUUGCGCAGAUCACGGCGUUGUUUGGAUCGAUGUCUGCUGCGCAAGACCAGAGAUGGGCAGAGAAGGUCGCCGGUGCUCAGGCUGGUUUGGAGGCUAGUAGACAGGCUGGAGAUGCUUCUACAUCUGUGUUCAACUCUGGUGUUGAUUCGUGGCUGGACAAGGACAGGACUUACGCACGCAAGUUCGUCGAAAUGAAAGGGGCGACGAAAAACCAGCUCAUCACGGGUGCCAAGUAUGCGAUGGAGAAGGGUGUUGCGAUUCAAGAGUCUACGAAAGCGAUUCAUGCCGAGACUGUUGCGCUCGUGGAUAACCAGAUUUCUGUCGUUGAUGCGCAGGUUAGGGAGUUGGAUGAGUUUGUAACUAGGGCUCGUGCUCAGGUCGCUGCUCACCAUGAGGCGCACGCGAACAGUGUUGAGGCUCUCGGUACGGGCGUCACCUCUACGUAUGCCAACUUCCAGAGUGCAUUGGGUAACAUCAAGGGUGAUGUCAACUCCUUCGGUGCUAGGAUCGUUCCUGCCAUCCAGCAACACAAGCCCACGAUCGGUGCGUUUCAGACUGCCGCAGCGAACCAUGUUGCGGGUAUCAGGAAGGAUGUUACGACGUCGGAAUUGAAGGAGGAUGUGCCGACAGGUCAGACGCCGAAGAAGAAGGCGUAUACGUAUACCCAAACUUGGAAUACUACGAAGCCUCAUUCUGAGAUUCUGGCGGCGUUCCAUGAUGCUACCAAGGACGGUUCUUCCAAUGUUGGUUCGCCCAAUGGAUCAGCAGCCGAGGCGAAUGGAUCAAUCGACGACGUCAUGGAGGACGCUACGGGUCUUGUUGAGACGAUGGAGGAUGUCGCGUUGGUUGCUGCGCCGCCUCUUGCGCAACCGCCUGUGCCGGUAAAGGUGAUGCAGGAGUCAUCUGCUGCGAAUGCGAAUGGUACCAGGGAUUCUCGGACCAGAGGGAGUUUCGAGAGUAAGAUGAGGGCCCCAUCGGCUGUUGGACGUGAGAACAGAAUUCGGAAGCCUAUGUGA